UCCCUCCCUCUCUCAUCCUCUAGCAGAACGACCAGAUCGCCGGCAGACGAGAAGACACAGCCGAGGAGGACGGAGCCAAAGGAGCCAAAGGAGCCAAAGGAAGGACGAGGAGAGAGAAACAGAAGAAGAACGGAGAGACAGACGGACGGAGGACGAGAGAACGAGUGAAGCACCAUGGACGCUCUGAAGAAAGGAUUCUCCAUCGCCAAGGACGGAGUGGUGGCGGCCGCCGAGAAGACGAAGGCCGGGGUGGAGGAGGCGGCGGCCAAGACCAAGGAGGGGGUGCUGUACGUCGGAAACAAGACGAUGGAGGGAGUGGUGACGGGAGUAAACACAGUGUCGCAGAAGUCGACCGACCAGGCUAACGUAGCAGCGGACGCCGCGGUGGCGGGAGCUAACGAGGUUGCCCAGGCAACGGUGGAGGGGGCGGAGUCUGUGGCGGUCGCCAGCGGAUUCGUCAGCACGGAGGAGGCGGGACCAGUGACGACUGAGGAGGUGGACCAAACCAAAACAGCGGCGGGGGGGGAGUCGGACCCGGCGCCGCAGUAGGCUGAUCGUCGUCCCUGAGAGAAGAAGAAACCUGUGUGCUGUGUUUUACCUGACGACCCCUAACCUCCCUGACGUUGCCGUGGUUACAGGCCCCGCCCCCUAACAUCCCUGACGUUGCCAUGGUUACAGGCCCCGCCCCCUGGGUUACAGGCCCCGCCCCCUAACCUCAGACGUAAUAACAGACUUUAACUGCAUGCUGCUUCAGAAUCACCUGAAGAGACUAAACUAAACUCCCCACUAACCACAACUCACCUCUUUGUUUUAUAAACGUGGCUGAAAUAAAGUUUGAAUUCUGA